AUGCGCAGCUUGAUUGGGGCUCUGGAGCAUUUGCAGCGAGUGAAGACCCUGAUUAUCAAGGACUGCAGUGAUAUCACGUCGCUGCCCGGGUCUCUUCCCCGCCUGCCUACACUAACCGAUCUCACCCUUGACAUGGGACAACUUUCAGUGCUGCCCGAAGAUUUCGGGCAGCUGUCAGUGCUUCGCACGCUCGUGCUGAACCUGAGGAGUCUCACAGCCUUACCUGAUUCCAUCGCUCUGGUUACCACACUGAAAGAGCUCUCCCUCACUGAUGUUCUGAAUCUGACACAUCUGCCCCAGGAGUUCGGGCAGCUGGUUUCUUUGGAGACGCUCUGCCUGAAGCGCGUUCCGCGCCUCACCCGUCUGCCUGAAUCCUUUGGACAGCUGGCAGCUCUUCGAGAGGUGAAUUUUUUGGAGUGUGGGCAGCUGCAACAGCUCCCGGCGUCCCUAUCCCAGCUAUCUUCUCUCGAGUACCUGGAGUUUAGCUACUGUCCGCGCCUCAUGGUGUUGCCAGACGACAUGGGGAAGGGUCUGCAGUCCUUGCGCCAUCUGCUUCUACUGGACUGCACCGCUCUCACCCACCUCCCUCCGUCCUUCUCCUGCCUGACGUCGCUCGAAACCCUCCGGAUCCGAAGCGCGAAAUGCUUCAGGGGCGCGCUGCUAGACGGCUUUGGCUGCUUGAAGAGCCUUAAGGAGCUGUCGCUUGAUACUAUGCCACGCCUAUCCGCCCUUCCUGCCUCCUUCUCGGACGUUGAUUCCCUCACCAGCCUGGAAGUGGGAAACUGCCCUAAGGUAGCGGUCUUGCCAGAGGGAAUCGGACGGCUGGAGGCGCUCGAGGAGGUCAGGAUCUUUGGGAUGGACGGCCUGAUAUGUCUCCCUCCGUCGCUUCUUGACGUGCCUUGUCUGCGGGCGCUGGACUUGCGGGGGUGUGAUAGGUUAAGUGCGGUGCUAGGCGAUGAGAAGGUGCUUAGACGAACUGCUAGGGGUUUUGUGACCAGCACCGGCAGCAGCAGCCGCAGCAGCAGUCGCCCUCUGCUUCCUUCCAUUCAGAGCCUCAAGUUAAAGGAGCUCAAUGUUGAGUCCUUUGGCCCGUCCCUUGGCCGUCUAUCCUCUCUGACCCAGCUGAAGCUUCUUGAAAUGGACAGGCUUGAGUCUUUCCCUGAUUCCAUCUCCCAACUCUCUCAGCUGCAAAGGCUUAAGGUUGAUUCUGCUUCUAUUAUGAAAGCACUGCCCGAGACCCUUGGAGGGCUGGCAGGGUUGCGUGUCUUGCAGCUGGUUUACCUCACGACAAUGCGACAGCUGCCCGAGUCUCUCGGGCAGCUGAAAAUGCUCGAGAUGCUGGAGAUUAUUGAUUGCUUCCGGAUUCGUUUGUGA